UCUCUACGCUCUCUGUGCACAUCUCCAGUCCCCAUAAAUCCACCCGGACACUUAAACAUUGUUAUUCAUUCAUUUUUCCCCUUCUUGUGAGAGUGACGUCCUCACCGGGACGCUUCUUGAUUCUUCAAUUUUUUAGUUUCUUGACACUUCUUUAUCAAAACAAACUUACUGAAAUAUCUGAAAUACGUACUACAAUUUAUUUUAUUUUUCAUUCUGAAAGUAUUCCCUAUCCCUUUUUUUUUACAAAGGAUCGGAUGGAUGGAUGGAUCAACGACGAUCGGGAUGGAUAGAUCCGGGACAGAUCGAGAUGGACUGAUCUCUAGCAAACGACGAAGGAUGGAUGGUAGGAAAGGAUGGAUGGUUGGAACAAUGGAAAUAGAAAAUCCAAAGGGAUGUUGAAAGCUGAUUGAAGAAAUUCUGGACAAUCGGUUGAAUGGGCCGACCAAUCAGGAUGGAUGGAUCGGGACGAGACGACGACGACGACAAACAAUAAGGAUGGACGGAUGGAUUGGGACGAUCGAAAGGGAUUUGGGACAAAAUGACGACGACAAAGGAUGGAUGAAUUCGGGACGGAUCGGGAUGGACGGUACGUGAAUCCAUCUUGCUCAUUCUUGUGAAUGUAGCGUCCCCAUUUCGUUUACCUGGCUUGAACUGAACUGGUUUGCUUAAAUCUGUCACUGUCCAAUUUCUGAACCGGGUUCAAAGUAGCAGGCAAGGGCUGCAUUUUCGGAUUCACUGCUACCCCCCUGAGUUGAUUUGUUUGGAAACAAACAAAUCUUGUACCGUACUCAGAGGCAGUGAAACUGAUUGAUCUCUUAAUGGGAAAUGCGAACUCCUGCGAAAAAAGAACAAGGAGACUGGAAAUAGCGUCAAACAGACGAGGGCUUAUCGGACGGUUCUUGCCACAUUGGUAAAUUGUAAUGGAUGAUGCUGCACAGUUCUAACGGUACAGAACAUCACUUAAAGUUGCAUGAAUGGAUUCGAUCGAUGGAUGGAUGGACGAGGCAACAACGACCACGAACGAUUAGGAUGGAUGGAUGGAAGGAUCGAUCGAGAUGAUGGCUUCGAGAUGGAUCGGGACGAUGUACGACGACGACGAUGGGUCGGAUGGGUGGAUGGAUCGACGACGAUCGGGAUGGACUGAUCUCAAGCAAACAAUAAAGGAUGGAUGGCAGGAAGGAAGGAUGGAUGGAAAAAAGAAAGGAUAUAAUCCUUAUGCUGAAAACUGGUGCAACAAUAUGGUGAAUCGGUGAAUAUGGUGAAUAUGGAGGAUCGGGACGAUCGGGAUGGAUGGCUUCGGGAUGGCUUCGGGAUGGAUCGGGACGAUGGACGACGACGACUUUUUAAUUUUUUUCUAUUUUAAUCAUUUAUUUUCGAUUUAAUAAAAGUUAAUGAAUUUAA